AAUACAUUCGUAUCGUAAAUUGUUGUAUGCCGAUUUGACUAUAGUCGUCUCCGAUGUGUACUUUAAUGGUUCAGAGCGGCGCUAACCAGAACUACGGGGAAUUAGACAGUGUCAACACAUGUUUGAUACCCAAACAUCUGAGGAAGCCAAUGGUUGCUUAAUAAUUACUAUUUUACGAUUUGUAUUUGAACUUGUAUAUACGACAUUGAACGCCUUAUUAUGCUAUCUAAAUUUUAACUUUUAUUGGGCAAUUCGAACAAAGCGAAUAUGUGCGUCCAUGAUGUUUAAAGUAAGAACUGUGAGAUGUGAGAGAGAGGUAGAAAAACAAUUUUAGGUCUGACUGACACUAUGACAUUCAGAAAGAUUGACCGAGACGUGCCGAUGCUAUUUUCAGAACUUUUAUAAGUAAAUAUCCUAACCUCCUGUUUUCAAACGCGAACCAAAUUUCAACAAAUCUUUUUCGCGGUUAGGUGGUCUACAUUCUAACGUAUGACACGCUUGGCGUUGCUACGUUCAAGUGGGCAUUUCAAACUUACUUAGUUGAAAUCUCCUCUAUCUUUGACAUAGUCAAGAAUGGGCUAUGGAAGCAAGGAGCAGAAUUAAUUAUUGCUCAUCCUAUAUCUGGACACCGAGCUCUUGUCUAACUUUUAUUUACGAAUACUACUGCCUUAGCGUUAGAUUUUAUUCGGUGAUAGUAUAGAUCAAUGAAUUCAGAUCAGUAAUUAGCUUAUUUGAUUGUUUAGUAACAAAGUUUAGCGGAAUGGAUUGGUGUUUUUAUUGCUAAAUAUAGGUUAUGUGCUCCUCUCACAUAACAACAUUAGUCCAGUUAAAAAGAAAAAUAAGGAAAAUGUCUGUCGAAAAAUAUAGAUUUUCAUAUUACCAAGGCUAACGACCGGUAAUUUAGAAAUGUCUAUGCCGGGAUUUAGAUCGCUAAAAGCCGUUGAUUUUCAUAAUCAUGUUGCGGAGGCGGCAAGGCACAGGUUCGCAAAUAAUAGUUACUGUGGUAUUCUAUAUAUAUAUAAAUAUGAAAUAUUUAGUAUUUACAAUGUUUAUCGCAGAAGGUUAAAAAGUGUAUACAUAUCUUCAAUAACAUGAAUACGUCUUGCAGAAACUGAUGCCUCAACUAGUUCAUUGUUUUGUUUUAUGGACCCACCAACGAUACAAAAGGAUGAACAUAAUUUGGGCAUCGAUUCGACAUCUAAAUUACAUUCAAGUUUAGCAGUUGUUUCUUCAGGAACUGUAAUGACGGGAAAUCUGUAUACCUCAACGCCGUGCAGAGUGUUUUCAAAUGUCGUUACGUCUUAUCAUCUAAAGAAUGAUCUUCUAAAGUGUAAACCUCAAAGUCCAACAGAGGAAACUCAACGGAAUUACCAAAAAUGUGACUUCCAAGCGACAUCGUCUGAGAGUAAACGGGAGCUCAUGCCGUCAAUCGACACGGCGCACGAUAUUUAUGCAAAACAAAGUGGGCAAGAACGCAGAAACAGUAGAAACAAAGAAGAAUCUGACAAACAAAGCACAGUAAUGGCUAGGAAAACAACUUUAACUGGAUACCUCAAUGGAUACAUCUUUAAUGCGUCCCACUGUGGAAGUUCAACUAAAAGUCCUGGACAUAACAGCUAUUGUAUUGAUCAUAACGUUCGGGAGCUAAAAUCAUGUGAAAAUAUGAAUGAAAACAAUAACAGAAUGGUACCAGAUAAAUCUCCGGAUCCUACUUAUGUUUCCCCAAAACAGCAUGUUUUCCAGAAAUUGGGAAAAUCAGAAGAAUAUCAUUUCGAAUCUCAUUCGGAUGGCAAUGUAGAACAACCAAGAGCUACAAAAUUGUACCGGGAGAAAAAACAUAAUAAUAUCAAUGUAACCGAUGAUACUUUAAAUGGUAGUGACAUUUUGCAAAAAAUGUACGCUACGUUUGGGUCAGAUGCUGCGACGAUAAGUAGGUUACAUUGCAAAGCUAACAUAAAAAACAAAUAUACGCCAGACAGUCACUUGGAAUCCUGCAAUCCCACAUUUAACAAAUCAUUCAGAAGAGAUGAAAAUGUUCAAUGCACAAAAUGUGAUGACAAAAUUCAUAGGACCCGAGAAGAAUCACAAAAAAAACAAUCAGACAGGAUUAAUUAUAAUGAAAAUUGUCGUCUUCAUCCAUCCAUCGAGCUUGUCCAGCCUAAAAGUGUUUUGUGUAAUUGCAGUUGCAAUAUUGACCUGCCAAAAACUAUAUCAAGUGAACAAAUGGAUUUACCUGGAGAAGAAAUUAUAGAUAGACAAUCGCAAAAUAAUGAUUCGAUCAAUCGAUACAACAUCAAAAAUUCUACGCGAAUCUCUUCCGAAAAUUCCCCCAAUAUGCAUGCAAAAUCUUCUUCUAAAUUAUCCUCUCAUAUCCAUUCUCUAGGGGGCCCAGCAGAAACUACAGGUGUUUGCCGUGAAAAUUCAUAUAAAAUAAGCAAAACAAAGUACCCACUAUGCCCUCGUAGAGACGAAGUGACAGACGCAAGGUGUGAAAAUCGAUUCCACCGAAAGCAAACUAAUAUUGUUAUGAAUAGCCGCCGUUAUUCUUCUGACAAAAAUUGUGAAUCUAAACGAAGAACAAUUGAUUCUAACUAUGAAGCUGAGCGUGACGCUAAAUUCGGCCCAAAUCGCACAAGAGGAUCCAGCACUGAAAAAGAUUACAAUGAAAAUGCAAGAGAAAUUUUUCGUCAUGAUAAAGAAAUAAUCGAGAACUCUCUGCGACAGAAUAAACGAUUGGCAUACGAUAGCCAUUCGAACGAUUUUUCAUUCCAUUCCCCUUACUGGUUAAACGCUUCGACUUUAGCAGCCUUUCAAGCUAGUCUACUCUCUUCCCUUCCGCAAAAUUUUCCGGGAUCCAUGAGUGACCAUAACACGUUGCUACGGUCUUCUUUUUCCGCUGCUUCCGCGGGAAAUCCGUUUGCGCUAGAUGUGAAUGCUUGUGUUUUAAAUCCUUACUUUUACCGUGGCCUUCCUGGAAGCGAGGUAGGCGCAGCAGCUUAUCACAAUGCAGUUGUUCACGAAAUACUUCGUAAUCAAGCGACAUUAAAUCCCAUGCUAGCUCCCGCUAUUGGUGGGAAUAUAAGCGGAUAUCCAAAUCCAAGUGCUUUCAUGCACGGUGGUGUGCCGUUUCCUGAAACGUCCCCAAUUGCUGCUGCAAUUGCAGCCUCAAUGAGGCAAAGCAACUCCUCUUUGUACAAAGAAAUUCCAUCGCAGUACCCCCACAGAAGCUGUAAACUGGACGACAAGGAACCUUGUUUACGCGGCAAUAUUGCAUCCAAGACUGAUAGAAACAUUUCGUCGCCCCCGCCUUUUCGCGAAAGACGACUAUUUGACUCGACGGUUUGUAAAUCCGAAACAAAAAAACUCCGAAUAAACUUCGAAACAAAUGACGAAAAUGGGAAAAUUUCAAAACAAAGUUCAAUUAAUCAAGGAUUUGCCAACAAUGAUAGAAUUUUAACAAGUCGACAAUGUGAUUUGGAAGCUUCUUCUAGAGCGACUUCCCCAACCAUGUCAAAGUUAUCUCUGAAACGUAAAUCACCCCCGCCUCCGGUAGAAAAUCCUCCAGUCACCAUAAAAAGAACGCGUACAAAAAUGGAUACGUCCUACCAAAAACCUACUGUAAAUGAAUUUUUACCUAUAAAUUUGUUGCCAUCGAAAAACGAAGAUGAAGAUAAGACUCAACUAGAAAAACUGCCAUUGGUCACCAAUACAGUAGAAAAAUGUCCUUCCAGUAGACCACCAACAUACAAAAACUUGACUCGAGAAAGGCGAUUAGUUGCAAAUGCUAGAGAAAGAACAAGGGUCCACACGAUUAGUUCUGCAUUUGAAGACUUACGACAGCAAAUUCCAAGUUAUUCGUGCAAUCAAAAGUUGUCUAAACUUGCAAUUUUGCGAAUUGCUUGUUCAUACAUUCAGUCAUUAUCCGUGUUGGCCGGGAGAAGUUCCGGAGGUACUUUUAAAGAGAGUGUUGAUCAGUGUACUCGUGUUUUACAGUUUAAUGCUACUCAGGCCGAAAGUAGAGCAAGAUCGCGAAGGAAGAGCAACAAAGCACAAAUUGAGUGGGAAGUGACAAAUUAUGAGACAGCUCCAUCCGACAAAGAUAACAAUCCGUAUGCAAACCCAUGCCAUUCAAGACGGUCUCAUGGGGCAUCCGUGACGAUCGCUCAUCAUGUUACUGCCGCCAAAUCUUUGUCUCGUGAAUAUACUGCACAGGUGGAUGAUGAGAAACCUAAUCGCAAAAAUGAUGAGUCGCAUUCUCAAUCUCAUAGAGAAUUCUCUGGGGACAGUUAUUCCUUUAAUAUCACUCGGUCUGAUGAAUCAAACGACUCUUGCAAUGAAUCGAACGAAAAUGCGACUGCAGAUAACGUGUCGACAGCGGACGACAGCUUGAAUGCGUGCAGUGAACAGAUUAACGGAUCGCCAAAAAGUGAUACAGAUCAUAGUACCUGGCCUAGUCCGCUGCAUUGUCCCUCUGGGGAUAGUUCCGCAACCACGAACACAUGGCGUGAUAAUAUCCGCACCGCAUCUGCAACAUUUACUUGCCCCAUUUUCAGAAAUACUAACACGAAACAUAUCAAUGACUGUGAUUCGGAUUGUGAAAUGCAAUCUCACGUCAAACACGUAGAUCAGCAAAAUGAUGUAAUAAAUGUAGAAGAUUGAAGUGAGAAAUAGGCGUCAGACAUGGUAUACAAUAUGAUGUAAGUGAAAUUUUCCCUCAUCAAUACUGCCAUGUUAACUCAUGUUGAACAGCGAUUAAUAUGUUUAUUGAUAAAUUGAGAAGUGGUAAAUAAUUUCAUAUUACGACAUUGUCAUUACGAUUAGCUCAAUCAUGCUGUUGCUGCAUUCAACAUUGAAUCAUUUUGAUUUGUUCUAGAUAUAGUAUAAAUUCAUUGAAACAAUCCUUCCAAGCAGCUACACCGAAGCAUGUUCCAUUUGCAAAUUAUUAUUUUUCGAGCUGCAUUCUACUCUAUAUUCAUGUGCAAUAUUUUUGUCAAAUCGUUAAUAUUUUUAAAAAUUGGCAAUGAAAAUAUUUGAAUAAAUAUUUUCUGUGUGUA